GUACGCUGGGGGCGUGCCCAACCGCCCCACGCUGCCAACCCCGCUUGAACCCGCGGGGUUUGCUUGCGCAAGCGCAGCGGGGAGGAGCCGAAGGGGACGCCGGGAGCAGUUCUCCUUGUGCACACAUGUGAGAGAUUCCCAAGAGUACCUACAUAUGAAUGACAUUGCUGGAUUGAAAGUCCUGUGGAUGCUAGCCUACCAGGCUUCUCUGUCCAUGGGAUUUUCUAGGAAUUUCUGCACAUGGCUUCCGAAGAUGUGACCAUUACAGUUCGCCUCAUUCGUUCAUUUGAGCAUCGCAAUUUCAGACCUGUAGUAUAUCAUGGAGUUCAUUUGGACCAAACUGUAAAGGAUUUUAUAGUAUUUCUAAAGCAAGAUAUCCCUUUGAGGCCCAGCCUUCCACCACCAUUCAGAAAUUAUAAAUAUGAUAAACUGAAGAUUGUUCAUCAAGCACAUAAAUCAAAGACAAAUGAACUUGUGUUGAGUUUGGAAGAUGAUGACAGACUCCUGUUAAAAGAAGAUAGCACCCUGAAAGCAGCUGGAAUCGCCAGUGAAACUGAAAUUGCAUUCUUCUGUGAAGAAGACUAUAAGAACUACAAAGCUAAUCCCAUUUCAUCCUGGUGAAAACCUCACAGAGCUUCCUUUUUUGCAUACUUGUAUUAAGCUGUUUAUUCCACUAGUGAGUUUCUGAAAUUGACAAAUAAACUUAAAAAAAUUAAUCCCA